AUGCCGCCACCAAUGAAUGGAUAUCAGCUGCAUAUGCCACCAGCAGUGAAUGGGUACCAACCGCAGAUGCCUACCUACCAUGAGGUGCUGAAGCUUAUGAGGGAGUUCGGCAUGGAGACUUACAGCGGUGGGACUGAUUUCUUGAAGGCUGACCGUUGGAGGAAACUGUUGCAGCGUAACUUCGCGUUGAUCAGGUGUCCUGUCGGGUACAAAGUUGAGCUGGCAGUGCAGUACCUGAGAGACAAGGCUUAUGAAUGGUGGGAAGGAGUGAUCAUAGGCAUGCCAAAGGGCGAUGUGAUGCAGUGGGAAGAUUUCACACAUGAGUUCAACCGGAAAUAUUUUCUGCAGGAGGCUGAAGACCGACUUGCGUUAGAUUUUCUGAAGUUAGAGCAUGGGAAUCAAACCGUGAAGAAUUAUGCUCAGCAGUUCAACCGUCUGAAAAGAUUUUCUGGAAGAGACGUGUCUGAGCGUCGUCUUGUUAAGAAAUUUAUGAAAAGAUUACGGGUGGACAUCCGUAACCGAUAUCAGCUGGUGUACUAUGCAUCAGUGAUUGACCUUGUUGAGAAAGCAGCACUGAUGGAGAAAGGAAUUGAGGAUGAGGCAAAGAUGGUAAGGGGUACUCAGUUCAGAGUAACCAGACAAGUGGACACUCAGCGUCAUUUUCAGGAUAACCGGGGUGCCAUUCAGGGUGUAGUGAGACUACCAGUUUGUGGCAGAUGUGGGAGAGCUCACACCGGACCUUGUGGUGGUGAUAACCGAAUCUGUUUUGGAUGCGGUCAGAUUGGCCACAGAAAACCAUCAUGCCCCCAUGCGAAAACUGCUUGUACCCAGUGUGGACGGCUAGGUCACUUGGCAAAGGAUUGUAGAAUAAGAACUGCAGGACAGCAACAAGGGAAUCAGAACAGGGAUCAGCUGGCACCACCACCAAAGCGAUCCGCUUUAGCACCAAGAGUAUUUGUUGCGGAAGUCGAGGACCCUACCGGAGAUGUGUAUGGAGAGGAGUAUGAGUAUGUAACUGUGGAUGACGAGGAUGCAGAACCAAUCGCUGGCGAGUUUGUGAAAAAAGUAAGAAGAGUUGAAACCGCUGGACUGAAGGCCAUCAUAUCCGAACGAACUUUCAAAGAUGUUCCAGUGAUAAUAGAAGGUAUUGAGCUACUUGCAGAUUUGAUUGAGACGCCACUCAACCGAUAUGAGAUCAUAUUUGGAAUGACAUGGCUGAAACGUCAUCGAGCUGUGUUGGAUUGUCGGAGAGCUAAAGUUAGCUUCACUCGGGCGGAAGGAAAGCUGGUCUAUCAAGGGAUGAAAAAACAAAGUGGAGUACCAAUUUUUUCGAUGAUUAAGACAGAAGAGCUGAUUAGCAAAGGUUGCGAGGCGUUCUUAGCAACAAUCUCUGUGGAGAAGGGAGAGGCUGAGAUAACACUAGAGGAUAUUCCACUUAAACAUUGUCCUGAAACACAUGAUUCACAUCUCUAA